AUGUCAUUUAAGAACACAAUAAUAUUGGGUCUUGCCAUGAUCAUGGCAACUUCAUCAGUCAGCUCAAAGAGCUCCAUUCCAAAAGUUAGCGAGUACUACACAUUCGGAGAGAAUAAUGUACUAGUUUCAAUUCUACAAGCUAACUUGGGGGCCUCUGUUGGCCUCUACAAAAAUCUCUUAUGGAGAGAGACUCCAUAGUACAGAUCUGACGAGUGCUACCGUGAUUUAUGGCUGCUUGCAGACAAUGUAAUUUCAAGCUUCAAUGUUCUUGGAAGAGGUGACAUCACUCAAAUAGUUGCAUUUGGAUUUUUCUUGUUACAAAUCGGAAUCUCAUCAUACUUGUCAGUUGCUACCUGCUACCCAUUAUUCCUUGAUAAUCCCCCCGCUUUCACUCCUCUAGUUUAUUCAGAUGCCUUAUUCUACGUUGCAAGAUCAUUCGAACUUCUCUUCGAUAUUUUCGUGACUCUAUUAAAUGCAGAUAGCGUUAUAUUCUACAAAAAUUUAGUUGAUAUUGGCUUUGGAAUUGAGCAAAUCAUUAGAAGAGCUACAGCUUGA